AUGCGGCUCAGCUCGGCCUCCGAAGACCAACUCUUGGCCGUUCAUCAGGCCGAGGAUGUUGCCAAAGCCCAAGGGCUUCUGGCCUCCAUAAAGGUACACCUAUGGAAGCUUCUGGACGAGGCCAAGUUCCAGCGUCAGCUCAUCAUGAACAGCAACAAGGUGAUCACCGAUAAGGGCCCCAAGAUCCCGGCUAGAAGAGAGGACAAGUACGAGCUGUGCGUGGUUGUGAAGAAGGUUUGGUACCUGUCUUAUACCUCAGUUGAGUUAUUGGAGCUUCCGAGCAAUGUGACCUUUCGGGACCGUGAAGUUCAACGUAAACGUACGAAGCGAGCGGCGGAACCCGAAGUUCGAGAACGGGAAGCCGCGUGUAAACGUCAACGAGAGGCUGCUCCCGAUGCUGCACGCGACAGCGAGCGCGCCGCCGCUUUCGUGGCGCGCUCGCGGUCGCGUGCAGCACGCGGAGCCAAGCAGCACGCGCAGCCCGACGCUCGCUUCAAACGUGACUUCCUGGACCGGAGCUUCGGACACAGUUGCAAGGUGUGUGACAGACUUUGGUUCAACAACAACCUCACGCGGAUUGGAAACAUCCAGAACGAUACUCAUCGGACCAAAGCGCUGUCAGUUCUUUGCAACGAGUUCGAUGCCAGCUACGACGGCAAGAGCAAGACUGACUACAAUGACUACGUUGUGUGUGCAUCGUGUAAAGACUCGUUGAUCGCGGGUCGAGUCCCUGCUAUGAGCGUGAGUUACGGCUACCGCUACCCACCUCGACCUGACCAUCUACCCGAGUUGAACACGGUGGAAGAACGACUCAUCGCUCCUCGACUCCCGUUCCUGAGCAUACGACGCUUGACGCAUGGCAACGGACAGUACGGAAUUAAAGGCCAGGUCGUGAACGUUCCCAUCGAAGUUCCAACGCUCGUUCAGUGCCUGCCUCGCAACGUUUCCGACGACGCGGCGAUAGACGUUCACAUCAAGAGAAUACUGGUGAGCAAGGCGUCGUACAAGCGCGGUUUGGUCAAGCGCAGCAACAUUCACGCUUGGUUGAAACACUUGGAGCAGACUCCUCUCUACAGAUACGUGAACGUACAGAUAGACUGGAGUCGACUGGACCAGUUUGACGGGGACGACGCCGAGUGCAACGACGACGAAAUCGAAGCUCUACCCGAAAUCACAGACUUGGACGAUCCCAUGCAAGCGGUUAUUGCUCCGAACGCCGUCAGCCAAACGAUAGUGUAUGACGACGUCGGAGUACGAAGCGAAGAAGGCGUUCGGAAACUCGUGGACAACACUUACAGUUUGGACGUUGCGCGCCGUCGGCAGUCCGGAUCUUCUACUCAAACGACGAGGCCCAGCGGUUCAACACGUUCGUUGCCAACCAACAGCAAGAGCAGCGAGAAGUCGUGUGCUUGCGUGCUUGCGACACGUUCCUCGGCUGCAAGACUCAACACUUAA